GGAGACCAGACGCUAACCCUAACACGACCAGAUUUUCUGGAUUCUUCUCUUUCCUCUAGUACCUUCAAUCUCCCUAGCUGCGCGCAAUUAGAAUUGCGGAGUCUACUAGGGUUUAGCGACCCACCGAUCGGAGAUUUUCUGUUCGGUCGCUUUAUCCGCCGUGGAAACGCAUCGUCGGCGAGACUCACCCAUCCAUCGUACUGAUACUCAAAUUUACAAGUUUUUGUGGACAGAAGAGAAUCAAAUAGAGAUGGAGGAUUGGGAGGAUGUUCCAGUUCCGGAUCUUCUUAAGAAGGAGCAACCAGGGAGUAAAUGGGAUGAUGAAGAUGCAGAUGAUAAUGAUGUAAAAGAAUCUUGGGAAGAUGAAGAGGAGCCUGUUCCGGCACCUAAACCAGAACCUCCUGCUGAGAAGGCACCCAAGAAGUCUGCUGCAAAAGCUAGUGAAAAGAAAGGCAAGGAAGCUGAAAUUCAUACCAAGGAAGAGCCUCUAGAUCCAGUAGCAGAGAAACUUCGCCAGCAAAGGCUUGUGGAAGAAGCCGAUUAUAAGUCCACAGCUGAAUUGUUCGCCACGAAAGGUGGUGAUGACAAGACCAUUGAUAAUUUCAUCCCCAAAAGUGAGAAUGAUUUCUUGGAAUAUGCUGAGUUGAUUUCUCAUAAGCUGCGACCAUAUGAGAAAAGCUACCAUUAUAUUGGGUUGCUCAAGUCUGUUAUGAGAUUGUCAAUGACUGCGUUGAAAGGUGCAGAUGCUAAAGAAAUUGCCUCUUCUGUUACUGCAAUUGCAAAUGAGAAGAUUAAAGCAGAAAAGGAAGCCAAUGCAAGUAAAAAGAAAGCAGGUGCAAAGAAGAAGCAGAUACAUGUUGAUAAGGCAGAUGAUGAAGCUGUGGUAAAUGCAUAUGAUGGUUAUGAUGAUUAUGAUUUCAUGUGAAAGGGAAACUUCGCAAACACAUGCAUGUUAGGCCGACAAUAUCACCUUUCUAGUUACAUCAGUCCGACAAUCUUUUGGAUUUACAAGUGACAACUGUGAGGAAGAUCCUGCAGCCUGUUCUCCCAAUUCUGGAGGCUUAUUGAGUGUCUUAUGUUUUUUUUUUUUGGUUUACAUUUUGAGGUCAGUUAUUGAUUGGAGAUACAUUGGUAAAAUAUUUUUCAGUUGAUCUGCGUUUUCUUGUAUGAUGUGGAUCUUAGAUUUUGGACCUAUAGAUUUCCUGUAACUGUCUUAUUCGAAACUAUUUAUAUGGACUCUUUAUUCUCAUGCUUUU